AUGCGUUCCGUCCUCGGGGCAACAUCAACGGAGCACUCCGUUGGGAUUUCAUUGGCGCCGGGGCAAUAUCUCGCCGGGCUGCAUCUGGGUUCUUCCUCUUAUUUCUCAAAUACUCUCUUAGCAUCCAAGAUUGUGCCAACAUACGGAAGGCAGCAUGGAAAUGUCAAAGCCCAAGAGGCAGAAGGUUGCUACUGCAUGCGACCCUUGUCGGAGCCGGAAGGUUUGCAUCAGUCAAAUGUGAUGGAUAUCAACCAGAAAAGACCCAGAAGUGAAACUGUCUGCACGUGGGCUUCGGACUCUUCUCGCGUUCCUUAUGCUUCUCCUGGGUACAUUAGACAGCUGGAGGAUAGGAUUAGGUUCCUUGAAGGGUUUAAUGGUCAAAUUCAGGACAGUAACAACCGGAGUAUCGGUAGUGCUUCAGAACAGUCAAUCCCACGAACACCGGUUAGACCUGUUACUGCUCUCUCAACCUUACCCGAGCCUCUUAUGUGGGAGACGUCUGUUCCGUGGGCGGAAUCCACAGGUACAGACUUACGACUAUCAACUCCAGCCACUCUCAUUGUCCCACCGUUAACUCAAUCGCUUCCUGAGGCCCUGGAGAGCACGGAUUCGGCAUUCAUCCCAUAUCGCCAUUCUUCCAAUAACACAGUGAUAGGUGCCGGUCACAGGCAGGACCCCGUCGCCGGUUCCUACUCUGAAAAUUUCAUACGAGGACUGGAGAAAGCAAUCACAGAAAAGCUCGGUGAGGCAUCGAGUGUUCGAGAUCCCGGCCAUAUUUCACGGCAAAAGGUACGGCAAAAGGAUUUCGGCCACCCCCUACCUGCUCGACAACAAGCGGACAUCCUGCUUAGCUCCUACUGGAACCACGUGCAUGUUCUGUAUCCCAUUCUAGACAAACCACACAUUGAAGAAGACUACGGUAAGAUCUGUAACCAGGAAAACUCCAUUACCGACAAAAAGUCGUUCUUAUGUCUUCUUAACUCUAUAUUUGCCAUCAGCAGCCGGCACAUCAAAUUGGCAGGCCCAGACCAUGAGCACUUGGCUGCCACCUUUUGCUUACGGGCACGAGAAUUACUGGACAUCGAAUCAUGCUCUAUCCGUUCAGUCCAGUCAUACCUGCUUUUAGCACUGUAUUACCAGAGCAUUUUUGUUCCUCGUACGUGCUUGAUGUUCGCUGGACUUGCAUUACGUACAGCGCAGGUUCUCGAGCUCCACCUCAUCGAGAAAAGCGAACGGGAGUCCGUAAGUCGAACGAAAAACCUGCUUCGCAAAGUCUGGCAUGGUUGCGUGCUUGUGGAUAGAGAAGUUUCCAUGAUGUACGAUCGAGCAUGUAUGAUUGAUCAAAGGACAGCAGCCGCUAUUCCUCUCCCCUUAUUUGACGAAGAAGAAACUCAACUGUUGCAUCCUCGAUCGCACACUACUCAGGUGCAGCAAACUCGUGCAGCUGAAUUUUACUCGGUCUCUCUAAGAUUACUUGAUAUCUUACAUGACAUUCUCUUCCAUACGCACUCGAGCAAAUCUCAAAGAUGCUAUGAUUCUCUCGAACACUUUCCAUCUUUUGAAGCAAACAGUUCCGUCCUCGAGCUCGAAGCGAGGCUUGCGAAUUGGGAAAAUAAGAUUCCUCGUUAUUAUAAGGUUGGAUUUCACUCUCCAGAUAAUGACAUGAAUGGCCUGCUCCUCCGUCGAGCAGUAAUCCUUCGUCAAAGACAUCUUUACGUACAUUUAUUGUUGUUAAGACCUAUGCUCCAAUGCAUCAUUACCUCCGAACUUCGAAACAACGGAGUAUCCGUUCCUGCUGGAAGCUUGCUCUCUCACAGGGUCUCCUUGCAAUGUGCAAUUGUAUGCGUAAAGGUAGCUCAAGAAGCUAUUGAUAUCAUACACGUCAACGAAGGUACAAGUUCCAAUGAAACGAGAGAUCUCUCUGCAUGGUGGUACAAUGCGGAAUUCUUGUAUACAUCUGCGACAGUUCUCAUUGCAGCCAGCCUUAGCCCUUCCGUGGUGGCUGAAAUACCAGAAGAUUCAAUCUACGGCAGCUUUCAUAAGGCCAUUGCAGUUCUCCGACAGUACACGACCUUUGACUCCUCGAUCCUUAGGCUGACAACUGCAUUACAAAUUUUGACUUCAAUCAUACCCAAGAAUUACUCUCAAUUAAGGCAGGCCUCGCAACGAACCCAAGAACCUACAUCUCAUAAUGCUUAUAACGCCGCUACGUUUCAGUACUGGUGUCCAGUAGGAUCGAACCAUCGCCAGAAAUCUCCUCAAAGUGAUCUUGAGAGGCACAUGAACUCUGGGAAUAGUAGCGAAGAUUUGUCUUCUCAGUCACUCUCAAAUCUGGAGCUCUUUUUUGAUUUGGAUGACUUUACAUGGCUUACAAAAGUCCCUUUUUAUACUUGA